UACAAGCCACGGCCCAUAAAAAGGAGUCCUAGUGAGCUCAAUGGAGUGUCCACCACCCCUUCAGCAAAGACAACAGGUUAAAAGUGAGAUCCCAUGGCUUCCUGGAAGAGCCCCUGGUGGCUGCUGAGAUGGAUGGUCUUCAUGCACAUUGCCCUUCUGCAGACCACAGCCGAGAAGUCACCUGGGGCCUACUUCCUUCCUGAGUUUGCCCUCUCCCCUCAGGGAAGUUUUCUGGAAGAUACAACAGGGGAGCAGUUCCUCACGUAUCGCUAUGACGACCAGACCUCAAGAAAUGCUCGUUCAGAUGAAGAAAAAGAUAGCAACUGGGAUGCUUGGGGCGACUGGAGCGACUGCUCCCGGACUUGCGGGGGAGGAGCUUCCUAUUCUCUGCGGAGGUGCUUGACCGGCAGGAAUUGUGAAGGGCAGAAUAUUCGAUACAAGACAUGCAGCAAUCAUGACUGCCCUCCCGAUGCAGAGGACUUCCGAGCCCAGCAGUGUUCAGCCUACAAUGAUGUCCAGUAUCAGGGGCGGUAUUAUGAAUGGCUUCCAAGGUACAAUGAUCCUGCUGCCCCCUGCGCGCUCAAGUGCCACGCACGGGGACAAAAUUUGGUAGUGGAGCUGGCACCCAAGGUACUGGAUGGAACUCGUUGCAAUGCUGUCUCCCUGGACAUGUGCAUCAGUGGCAUUUGUCAGGCAGUGGGCUGCGACCGGCAACUGGGGAGCAACGCCAAGGAAGACAACUGCGGCGUCUGUGCUGGUGACGGCUCCACCUGCAGGCUGGUGCGGGGACAGUCCAAGGCACACGUUUCUCCUGAGAAAAGGGAAGAAAAUGUAAUUGCUGUUCCUCUGGGGAGUCGAAGUGUGAGAAUUACAGUGAAAGGACCUGCACAUCUCUUUAUCGAAUCAAAAACACUUCAGGGAAGCAAAGGCGAACACAGCUUUAACAGCCCUGGAGUUUUUGUCAUAGAAAAUACAACCGUCGAAUUUCAGAGGGGCUCAGAGAGGCAAACCUUCAAGAUUCCAGGACCUCUGAUGGCUGAUUUCAUCUUCAAGACCAGGUCCACUGCGGCCAAGGACAGCGUGGUCCAGUUCUUCUUUUACCAGCCGAUCAGUCAUCAAUGGAGACAGACUGACUUCUUCCCCUGCACUGCGACGUGUGGAGGAGGUUAUCAGCUCAAUUCUGCUGAAUGUGUGGAUAUCCGCCUGAAGAGGGUGGUUCCUGACCAUUAUUGCCAUUACUACCCUGAAAAUGUGAAACCAAAACCGAAACUGAAGGAAUGCAGCAUGGAUCCUUGCCCAUCGAGUGAUGGAUUUAAAGAGAUCAUGCCCUAUGACCACUUCCAGCCUCUCCCUCGCUGGGAACAUAAUCCUUGGACGGCAUGCUCGGUGUCGUGUGGAGGCGGGAUUCAGAGGCGGAGCUUCGUGUGUGUGGAGGAGUCCAUGCACGGAGAGAUACUGCAGGUGGAAGAGUGGAAGUGCAUGUAUGCGCCCAAACCCAAGGUGAUGCAGACCUGCAAUCUGUUCGACUGCCCCAAGUGGAUCGCCAUGGAGUGGUCUCAGUGCACAGUGACUUGUGGCCGAGGGUUACGGUACCGGGUUGUUCUCUGUAUCAACCAUCGUGGCCAGCACGUUGGCGGCUGUAAUCCACAACUGAAGUUACACAUCAAAGAAGAGUGCGUCGUUCCCAUCCCAUGUUAUAAGCCAAAAGAAAAGGGUCCAGUGGAAGCUAAAUUGCCUUGGCUGAAACAAGCACAAGAACUAGAAGAGACCAGAAUAGCAACAGAGGAACCAACGUUCAUCCCGGAGCCCUGGUCCACCUGCAGCACCACGUGUGGGCCCGGCGUCCAGGUGCGCGAGGUGAAGUGCCGCGUGCUCCUGACCUUCACACAGACGGAGACCGAGCUGCCUGAGGAGGAGUGUGAAGGCCCCAGGCUGCCCACCGAGCGGCCUUGCCUCCUGGACCCCUGUGAUGAGAGCCCAGCCUCCCGCGAGCUGGACGUGCCCCUCCAGGAGGAGGACAGUGAGAUGACUUACGACUGGGAGUACGCUGGGUUCACCCCCUGCACCGCGACAUGUUUGGGAGGCCGUCAAGAAGCCAUUGCGGUGUGCUUACACAUCCAGACCCAGCAGACCGUCAAUGACACCUUGUGCGAUACGGUCCACCGCCCCCCAGCCAUGAGCCAGGCUUGUAACACGGAGCCCUGCCCGCCCAGGUGGCACAUGGGGUCCUGGGGGCCCUGCUCGGCUACCUGUGGUGUUGGCAUACAGACCCGGGAAGUGUACUGCCUGCAGCCCGGGGGAUCGCCCUCCCCUCCUGAGGACUGCAGAGAGGAGAGGCCCCACGCCUUACAAGCAUGCAAUCAGUUUGACUGCCCUCCUAGCUGGCACAUCGAGGAAUGGCAGCAGUGCUCCAGGACAUGUGGCGGGGGCACUCAGAACCGCAGAGUCACCUGUCGACAGCUGUUAACGGAUGGCAGCUCUUUGAAUCUCUCAGACGAACUGUGCCAGGGACCCAAGGCCUCUUCUCAUAAGUCCUGCGCCAGAACAGACUGUCCUCCGCAUUUAACUGUGGGAGACUGGUCGAAGUGUUCUGUCAGCUGUGGUGUUGGAACCCAGCGAAGAAAGCAGGUGUGUCAAAGGCUGACAGCCAAAGGCCGGCGCGUCCCCCUCAGUGAGGCGGUGUGCAGGCAUCUCUCUGGGCCGCCUCUCGUGAGAUCUUGCCAGAUGCCUGUGUGCAGGAAAACGAAACCAGAGGUGAGGACAAGGCUUGGCGAUCAGGGUCCUCAGAUCCUCGGGGUCCAGAGAGUCUACAUUCAGACGAGGGAGGAGAAACGCAUUAACCUGACCGUCGGUAGCAGAGCCUAUUUGCUGCCCAACACGUCGGUGAUUAUUAAGUGCCCGGUGCGACGCUUCCAGAAGUCGCUGAUCCAGUGGGAGAAAGACGGCCAUUGUCUGCAGAACUCCAAACGACUCGGCAUCACCAAGUCGGGCUCCCUGAAAAUCCACAGCCUCGCGGCCCCCGACAUCGGCACGUACCGCUGCGUCGCGGGCUCUGCCCACGAGACGGUGGUCCUCAAGCUCAUUGGCACUGACAACCGGCUCAUCGCGCCGCCGGCCCUCAGAGAGCACGUGAGGGGGUAUCCUGGGAGGGACCCCAACGAAGCCAAUAAUUUGGGAGCCACGUGGCAUAAAAUGAGGCAAAUGUGGAGUAACAAAAAUGAGCUUUACCUGGACGACGACCACAUUCAUAACCAGCCUCUCUUGAGAGCUCUGCUGGGCCCCUGCGGCCCUUCUGCGGGGAACACCGACUCCUGGGAGCUUAAGAAUAAGCAGUUUGAAGCAGCGGUUAAACAGGGAGCCUACAGCAUGGAUACCGCCCAGUUCGAUGAGCUGAUAAGAAACAUGAGUCAGCUCAUGGAAACCGGAGAGGUCAGCGAUGACCUGGCGUCCCAGGUGAUAUAUCAGCUGGUGGCCGAGUUAGCUAAGGCGCAGCCGGCACACGUGCAGUGGGGGCGCCCCGAAGCGGUGCCUCCCGCGGCUCAGCUGAGGGGGGGAUCAGGAAGCGUCCCCCAAAGCGUGAAGGUGAAAAAGUCAGGCAAGCUGAUGUUCAAGCCAAAGGGACCUGUUCUUCUGAGACCAAGCCAGCCCACCUUGAUUUCCUUUAAUAAAACAAUAAAUGCAAGGAUUGGAAACACAGUCUACGUUACAAAAAGGACGGAGGUCAUCAAUAUACUGUGUGAGCUUGUUACCCCCAGUGAGGCCACAUAUACGUGGACCAAGGAUGGGGCACUGCUCCAACCCUCAGAAAAAGUCGUUUUGGAUGGAAUGGGGGAAAUGCAGAUACAGAAACCCACGAAGAAAGAACAAGGAAUAUAUGGCUGUUCUGUAGCCAAUCAUCACGGUUCAGAUGCGGAAAGUUCUCCCGUGCUGUAUGCAGAGGCGCCUGUCAUCUUGUCUAUUGAAAGAAAUAUCACCAGACCGAAGCACGAUCAUCUCUCUGUCGUGAUUGGAGGCAUCGUGGAGGCACCCCUGCGAGCAAGCGUGACAAUCCAAUGCCCUGUAAAAGGUGUCCCUCAGCCUAAUGUAACUUGGGUGAAGAAAGGAGGAUCUCUGAGUGACAAUAUUUCCUUGCUUUUCAAUGGAUCCCUGUUGUUGCAGAACGUUUCCCUUGAAAACGAAGGAACCUACGUCUGUACAGCCACCAACGCUCUUGGAAAGGCAGUGGCAACAUCUGUCCUCCACUUACUGGAACGAAGACAGUCAAACAGUAAGAGUGUAUUUCCCAAGGACCAUAAAAAGCAUAUACUCCAGACGUCCAACACUGGAACCAACAGCAGUGAGCCAACAGGAGAACCACUACCUUCAGAGCCUUUUUGGGAGCUGGGCAACUGGACACAAUGUUCUGCCACCUGUGGCCACCUGGGAGCCCGAGUUCAGAGACCCCGGUGCGUGAUGGCCAACGGGCAGGAAGUGGGCGAGGCCUUCUGUGGUCAUCUCCAGAAGCCCCUGUCUGGGUUCCAGCCCUGUAACAUCCGGGACUGCCCCUCGAGGUGGUUCGCAGGUGCGUGGUCAGAGUGUUCCGUGUCCUGUGGUGAAGGAUUCCGCAGUCGGCAGGUGACAUGCAAGCGCACAGAAGCCAACGGAACUGUGCAGGUGAUGCCUCCAAGAGCGUGUGCCCCCAGGGACAGGCCUCUGGGGAGGAGACCCUGCUCUGGUCACCCGUGUGUUCAAGGGCUGGUUGACCCAGGGAACCAGUGUCCUGGACAUUGCCUGGGUCGUGCGGUGAGGACGCAGCAGCAACAUCUAGUCUGUCAACACCACAACAGUUCUGACUCCGGCUGUGAUGACAGAAGGAGAGCCACCUGGAGGAGGAACUGCUCAUCAGGGGCUUGUGACACGUGCUGGCGCCCCGGCCCUUGGAGGCCCUGUACGGCGGCCUGCGGCAGGGGCUUCCAGUCUCGGAAAGUCGACUGUGUCCACACAAGGAGCUGCAAACCAGUGGCUGAGAGACGCUGUGUGCAGAAAAAGAAACCCGCAUCCUGGCGGCACUGCCUGGGGCCUUCCUGUGACAGAGACUGCACAGACACAACUCACUACUGCACGUUUGUAAAGCAUCUUAAUUUGUGUUCGCUAGACCUCUACCAACAGAGGUGCUGCCGGUCGUGUCAAGAAGGCUAAAACUUUUGGGGGAGGGUGGUCAGAAUGCUGCUGUGAAGAUAAAACAAAAAUGUAAAAGCUCUUUUCCCCUUGUAGCUGGUUCAAAACAUGUAUUUCUUAAAACAAACAAACAACACUCUAGAUUCUACCAACAGAGGUCGAUGCAAAAUCACCACCGUUAAAAUUUGUUACUGUCAUUUCCCUGUGGUUGGGUUUUAACUCUAACUCUUUUAAAUUGUAUAUUCCAGGACUAACAUCAAACCCCCUGGCAGGCAGGCCAUUGCACUUGGGACCUCGUCCUGUCCUAAUCAGGAAAGCACCGAGGUCACCUGCGCAUUGUCGCGAGCUGCCUCUUCCUGUGAUUUGCAGACGAGUGUAGAGUGGAGCAUCGUGAGGGCUUGGGAAGCACAGCAACUGAUGACGUCUCUCAGUUUUAGGGUUUCAGCAGGUUUAUAAGGCAUUUACGUUCUAGAAGCUCUGGCCAGUAGUUGUUAAGUCGUUGGCGCUAAUGGCAUUUUUAUGGAUCCUUGAGUUUAGUCUGUGAAAAAGAGACAGUUGCUCUGGACAGGCUCAUGACCCUGACUUUUCCAGGGAUCGUGGUGGGUGGGGUUGGGGGUGGGAUGGCAUCUUGUCCUCGCUCUUCGAGAACCCGUGGAAGAAAACACAGAGCAAAUGUUGCUGCCAUUUUCACAACUACGGAAAUCUAUCUGUGACCAAAUGAGGCAUCCUGGAAAUCAGAGAGGGAAAGCUAACCUCUUCUACUGAUGGUGAAGAUUCAAAGCUUUCUUUUUGAAGAGCUGUGAAUGAAACUUUUUCUAAGCACUAUUCUCUUGCACACAAACAGAAAACCAAAGCCUUAUUAGAUCUAAUUUAUGCAUAAAAUAGUAUUUCUAAGGAUUUUUAUUUUGGAAAAAUUAUAAGAAAGUAAUCUGAAUUUGAAACGCGAUCAUUGAAAGCAGUUGCUGAUGGUAAGUAAUUGUUUUAAUUUGAACUGACUUCUCAGUAAAUCCAAAGCAAAUUAGGGUUAGGUUGGCAGGUGCAGUGAGGAUGAGGGGUUAAAGCUAGGAUCUGGUGAACAGGGUUAGGGUUAGUUUGGUUUUAGGAUUGGGUUACGUGAGAAAGGAAGUCAAGUUAGGGCUAGGGCUAGGGUUGGCUUCAGGGAUUCGAGUUAGGGCCAGGUUAGGUCAGAGCUGGUUUGGGUUUAGAUUGGGCCGAUGCUGGUGUUAGCGAUGACAUGUCAGGGUGGAGGUUAGGUUUCAAGUAAAUGUUGCUGCUGAAGGAUUUGGGGACGAGAACUAAAUUGUAAACCCUAAAGCUGAUUUCAUUAGGGGGCUUUUUCCUUACAUGCUACCAGUUACGGCUUUAGAUGCCACACAACGCCAAGUAAGCGGUCAUACUUCUUUAUUCCGUGUCGCACUUGCCUGUUCGCACGCCAUCUACAGCAAAGUUCCCUGAAGCGAAGUGCUGGACUUAGUCCCCGGCCACUUGUAAGUGGACAGUGCGUUCCGGCUUUGGCUUUGUCUACGGACAAGCGUGCUGAGUCUCUCUGCCCUGUCCCGAGCGUCAGGCCUCUUGUUCUAACUUCAGCCUCACCAACACUGGGAUGAGCACUACUGUACGCGGAGGGCUUGGUGGUUGGGAAUGGAUGCGGGAACGUGAGUUGUUAAUCAUCAAUCACACUUGAUUGUUGAAGGUUUUUAAAUUAAAAGAGAGAUCAUUUGUAAAAUACUCUUUGUAUAUAUUUAUUAUAUGACUUAAAGGUGCAAUAUUUUAUUUUGUACAGAAUGUAAUAAAGACAUGGGACAUAUAUUUUUCUUAUUAACAAAAUUUCUUAUUAAAUUGCUUCACCUUUGUAUUUAAAGUUGCUGUUUUUCAUUUGCUAUUGUACUUUUUGUUAUCAUUCAGAUGGCAUUCCUGUGUACUGUAGUUUACUACUGUUUCUAUCACAUAAGAGUUCAUAUUUCUCUUUCAUGAUCCUUAAGUAAUUCAGAAAUAAAUGUACUUUGAUUAUUCAGUGGCAUCCUUA